AUGAAUACUAUAGGUGAAAGCAUAUCAUUCAAAGGUGAUGCUGAUCCUGAUAAUAAAGGGGUAAAUGAUCCCGAGUUUGGUGCUUAUUCCUAUGGAGAUGAUUCAGAAAACAUUCCAGUAAAUAGGAAAGCUUUGGGUGGAAAGAGUAUCAAUGAUUAUACAGCUACAAAGGAAACCAUUUAUUUCUUUGAAGACGCUCUUCUUCCCGGUACGAAGGUGUACUUACAGAGACUCUUACAAGAAAGCGACACGACGAAAUUCCUGCCUCGGCAAAUAGCAGAAUCGACCCCGUUGAGGAACGAUGAAUUAUCAGAAAUCUUGAAAAAAUUCUCGUUGAAACCCGAAUCGAAGGGCGCGACUUACGUGAAGAACACGGUAAAGAACUGCGAGAGACCCGAGAUGAGAGGUGAAACCAAGUACUGCGCCGCAUCGUUAGAGACCUUCGUCGAUUCGGGAGUCUCGAUCCUCGGGAAAAACAUCAAGUUGUUAUCGAACGAGAUCGGGGAUGAGACGAAGAACCCGUCGUUUAAGAUCGGUAAUGGAGUUCGAACCGUGGGAGGAAACGAGGUCGUUUGCCACAAGAUGACGUACCCGCACGCGGUGUAUUUGUGUCAUUCGAUUGUGGGAACCGAGGUGUAUAAGGUUCCACUGGUGAGCGACGAUGGAACGAAGGCUAAAGCUAUGGCGGUUUGUCAUAAAGAUACAUCGGCUUGGAGCCCUAACCAUAUAGCCUUUAAGAUUCUCAAAGUUAAGCCUGGAACUGUCCCGAUUUGCCAUUUCCUUGGCCGAGAUACCCUCGUCUGGGUUUCCAACUGAGUUUUUGGAAAUAAUAGCAGUAGUAAGAUGGUCUUUUAACAGGAUUGUAAUGAAAUAAAGGUAAACCUCUGAACCCUGUGUGUUACCUUAUGUCAGAGCGUUAGCCAACUCACGUGUAUUAAGUCGCGCUAGUCGAGUUAUUAUUAAAAUUUUAUUUUCUUCUUGUAAUUCAUAAAAAAAAAAAGUUAAACCUAUAAUAAUUGAGUCUUGAUAUGAAUAAAACUAAAACGGUUUC